AUGUGGGAUGAGAUGCUCACGCUCACGCGGGCUGAAGAGUCCAAGGAGUUUAAGUUAUUCGAGGCACUUGUCAAUGGGGAUGUUGAGGUUGAUGAUGCUGUACAAUGGGUCAUAGCUGCGACAAUGGACAGACUGGAAGACUACGGCCCAGGAGGCACUAUCGAGAAGGCCGAUGCAAUAACAUUUAUAGCUAUCAUUGAGUUGGCUAUGCAAAUCGAUACAACUCAGUAUGAUCCAUUGGUUAAGUUCCUGGCAGAGUUGAAGCUGUACAAUGCCGUCGAUUCGUCGACUGGGUUGGUCCUAAAGACACAAGAUGGAAGCAGAGUAUGGUCACAUCUACCGUCCCUGACUUUCUGGGUCCGUGAAAUAUGGACUGACCAGAUGAAAUACCUCAGCGACCCAGAUAUGGAGCCUGAACAGCAAAUCAGAUGGACAAAGCUCAAUAUAUUCCUCGCCAAAGUGACCCAAGCUGCCGAUGUUGAGUACACUUCCCCGUUGCAGGUGUGGAUCAGCGAUGCUAUGGAUGUGUCUCAUCUGGCACUCCGCGGGCUUCGCCAUGUGUUUGAAGAGGGCGUUCUUUCCGAACGAGUGGCUUCUACAGCUGGUCUGCUUGGCGUGUGUUACUGGCUAAUCUGUGCCGGUGAUAGGCUAUGGGAAAAUGUACUCAACUGCCGAAGAUACAACAAGUAUGAUGGGCGACCAGGAGAAAUGUAUUCAAACCGCGGCUGGAAAGGCUUUGAACGCGAAAGAUGGGAUAUAUGGGUGCAAGGCAUUCGUGAUGCGAAGGUUACCUGCACGUCUGGUCAGGAACUCGUGGAAGAUUUGAUAGACCGUGCUCUAGCCAAAAUUGAGCGUGUAAUGAACAAUGACAUACCAUCCUGUUAA